AACUAUAAUUCCCAGCACGCCCCAGUUCUAAAGCUCUACUGAGUUAGAUUUGGGUGAAAGGGGUCCAACUAUUAACAGUCUUUCCUGUAGUAUCUGGAGAUACUGAUUUAAUAUUUGUGAGUCGUAAUAAAUCAUGAGUUCGUACACCAAUGUUCACGGAAUUAAGCGGCCAGCUUCCCCGAAACAGGAUCAGUCAUCUUCCAGUUGGGAGGAAGCAGAUUUAGGUGACGUAGAACGAAAGCAGAAGUUUCUAAAGCUUAUGGGAGCAGAAAAGAAAGAACAUAAGGGUCGCUUUAUUAUCGGAGAUCAUAAGUCAACUUCACAUUUUAGAACAGGGGAAGAAGACAAAAAAAUAAGUGCCGAACUAGAACACCAGUAUAAGCAGGGUUUAGACAGUAAAUUGUCUGGAAGAAAUGAUCGACACUGUGGCCUGGGCUUUUCUGAGGCACCUCCAAAAUUAGACUUCUACGCUUCUGGAUAUUAUCAGAAAAUAGAACACACAGAAAACAGCAAAUCAGGAACUGAAAAUAGGGAAGAAACUUCUUCAGAAACGCAUCAUACUACUCAAGAGCAUCAUCGGACAGAUGAUACACGAGAGAAAAAGAAAGAUUUGAAAUCCACUUACAAAUCUAUGUUUGUCAAGUCCGAUAACUUAUAGCUGUUGGGAUAUUUAAAAUUUUCGUCAGUAGCUUGUUCAUGUCUUUGAAUGCAAUUUGUUAAAGAGCAAUUGUAGAGUAAGAGACAUGUUGAUUCAGAAUUUCCAUGUUUUAUACUACGGAAGAAAGAUAACAGUAUUUUGGCCUUUAGAAGGACUUGACUUGGUGAUUGGAUUUUUACAGCAGUAAAUAUGUCUAAUAAACAAGCAUUGUUUUUAACAACAGGUAAGAGAUGAACAGGAGAAAACGGUCAACAUUAUCAAGAUCACUAUAUGUAUUACACCAUGAAUGGAAGAUCUGAAAUAUUUGUGAUAAAUUCUGUUGGGAUUAUGUGAAGGAGUUCAGAUAUGUACAGGAGUUGAAGACCAAGUGUGGUACUACACCAAUACAGUAAUGGAGGUGUGCAAGCAAUCAUAUCUCAUAUGUUCAGCAUGACAUUUCUGAAGUACAUCCCAAAUAUUUCAUAUAUUACAGGGAAGCACAACCUAUCAAAAAGGAUGCAACAUUUUGACCAGUUUUUCACUGAAGAUUUUCUUGAUUUUCGAAAAUUCUCAUUAUAGUUUAGUCAGCAUACAGUAAAAAUAAAGAUUUUAGUCUCAUUAGUAUUUUUCUGCUAGAGGGUUCUGCUUUUCAUAAAGCAUUCCAGUUUGAGUAUGUGCUUAAUGUGAAUCAGAGCAGUGUAUUGGUAAGCUUUUAAUUUAAGUGAAAGUAAACAGAAGCAUUUUUAUUCAUUUAAUAUGUUAUACUAGAGUGAUGCAUUUAUCCCCCCUUUGGCUUACUUACCCUCAGACUUUAGUUUUUUUUUUUUUUUUUUUUUUUUUUUUUUUUUUACAGGUUGGUCAAGGAGCUCGAGUAAGCUGUUUAGGUGUUCUGCACUAAGAUGAUUAUUUCAAACCCAGGUGUGUAGCAUAGUGCCUUAGCAAUAUGUUGUGCCAUCCUGUUAAAUAAUAAUAAAACAGAUGUCUGUUGAAACAGUGAUUCAGGAAAGUCCACAGUGUCUUUAAAUGAGAAGUAAAUUGCAUGUUGACAUUACAUUAUUUUCAAAAAGUAGCAUGCAACUGUCUUUUCCCCCCAUCCCCAUACAAUGCAGCUGUCUCUAUUUUACUGUUCUGAUUAUCUAGUUCCGGAAGAAUGUCUCUAGCAUUCUAAAAGUAUAUAUGUAAAAUUCAUGUUUUGUGUAAGCAGCUCCGAUGAAAGGUAUGACAGGUAGUAAAGGUUUCAGAUGCAUUUUUGUUUUGAACUGUGCUCAUAGAUCUAUUGUGAGUCUUUUUCAUCAUUUUUAUUUCAGUGGUAUAAAAGUGCUGUCAGUGCAAAAAUCA